CGCAAACGCAAGCUACGAAAAACUCGUAGCUAGUUAGUUACUCGUCGUAGCACUCGUAGCUGAAAAGUGAAAAUGUCAAUGAUGGCAAGAUGGCUGCAUCUUAGAUCAGUUUUCAAUAUCAAUAGUAAAAGUUGAAAUUUCAUUAAAAUAAAUAGAUUUAUUGUUAUAUCUACCAAUUACAUAGGAUCUAGAAUAAAUCUUCGUUCUUUAUCAUCAUAAAUCUUAUUGUAGUUUUUAAAACAAGUUUUAUCAAUUUUUGUUUCAUUGGUAUUAGGUACAGCUUAAAAAUGAGUAGCAGUGAUGAGAGUGAUGCAGGCCCCCAACAUAAACGUAAAAGAAAAUCACGGACUGUACAAGACAGUCCAGCAAGUACUUCCAGUGGUAGUCCUAUCAUCGGCGGUUCAACUUCAAUAAGGAGAAGAACAUUGCAGUCUAGGACUGCUGUAGUAGAUUCAUCAGACACAGACAACAGUAGUAGUCCAAUCCUUCAUCGGCAAAGAAGAAAAAUAGUGAGGGUAUCUAGUGAUUCAGACAGUUCAGACGAUUCAGUUAUAAGAACAUCUAGAGCAGGAAAACCAAGGCAGCUAGCGAGUGAUUCAGAAAGUGAAUUGGAUAGUCAAUGGACAUCUGAUUUUUCCGAGGACGAAACCAAAACCCAGAACAAUUCCACGGCGAGACCUCAAGAAUCCAAUAUCGACUCAGAUGUUAGCGACGGCCAAUCUGAAAAGUGUCCCAUUUGUCUGGCACGAUUCAGAUCACAGGAAAUUGGUACUCCAGAAUCAUGCGAUCACACCUUCUGUCUGGAAUGCAUCCAGGAAUGGUCGAAAAAUAUGAACACUUGUCCGGUAGACAGACAGGAGUACAACCUAAUCCUCGUACGGAACACGCUGAAUGGGAAAGUCUGCAAACAGAUUCCCAUCACAAAACCGACUCCACAGAAUGACGUUGAUAUCAUCGAGGACCCGACUUAUUGCGAAAUUUGCGGGUCUUGUGACAACGAAGACAGGAUGCUUCUAUGUGAUGGUUGUGAUUUGGGUUUCCAUUUGUAUUGUCUGAAUCCCCCGCUGGAAGAUAUUCCCAUUGGUGCUUGGUACUGCAAUGAUUGUUCUCCAGAUGAUGUAUACACUUCUGAAAUCGAAUUGGUCGAGGUGCACUUGCUCUUGGAUGAAGCUCAGUCAAUGGAUAGGCCAACAGGCAUGAGACGCAGGGAAUCAAAUAGAUUGAUACCACGUACUCGACAAAGUGAAAGGGUCAGACGACAAAUAGUUAAUAAUCGACAGCAAAAUUCCAGAAACAGUCGAACACAAAAUCACUCAAUAGUAAAUGAUGCUGCCAUUUCCACGGAGAACAAUGAUCAAGUCGACGCAGUUGGUAGUACUUCAUCACGCAACCGAACUUCUAGGAGGAGAAGAAUCAAUAGGAGAUCCAGACAAAACAGGACCAGAACUGUUUAUGAAAUUGAUGCGAUUACAGGAGAAACAGUAGCAGUACAAAAGUCUGAGAAUAGAAAAAGGAAGACAAGGAAGAAGAAGAAGAAGAAGAGGGGUGACAGAAUACCAGUCAGACCAAAGACGGUUAAGAAGCGAUUAGCUCAACAACUUGGCAUUUGCACACCCAGGAGUGAUCCUCAGCAUUUACCAGAUGUUGCUAUACCGAAUCCACAAGGACGUAUUCAUGAAAUGAGAUUUAGUGCAGGCAUUCCAAAUGUAGAUUUAUUCGGGAAUCACCAGGGUCUCGAUUACUUCUCUGAUGGCGAUGAAGACUAUUCUAUGGGAAAUCAAUUGUUAGCUCGCAGAGCUCCCAAUCACUCAGACGUUGUUGCAGUAAGAAGAGCAGUACGUAGAAAAGCCACAAUAAGUCUACCUGAAACAGUAUCAAGUACAACGGAUUUACUAGAUAACAUACUCAGUAGUCAAGAGCAGUUUUUAUCAAGGAAUGCUACUUACUCUCUCGAUCCGAACGGUAAAUUCAAAAUUGAAAAGAAAGAAUCAAGUAAGAAUUAUGUUGAUGUAAGAAAAGAGAAAGCUACUGCAAAAGAAACUCCUUAUUAUAAUAAUAACCGUAAUUACAAUAAUCGGUACCAAAAUAAUAGGUACCAGAAUAAUAGAUAUAACAACAGACAAAAUUACUAUUCCAAUAAUCAGAAUCAGAAUUAUAAUAAUUCUGAGCCUUCAUCCUCCAUGGGAUAUCCAAGGUAUUCUGAUAAUCGUAGUAGAGAUAAUUACGAUUGUCCUCAAGAUUACACCCAGAGGACUCUAUGUGCUUCAAGUGAAUCUGAAUAUCAGGAGAACAAGGACAAAGAAGAAAACACCAAUAAUCGAAACAAUGAGUCAGAAGUCGAUAUAUACAGUGACAUUGAAACAGUAAGCACUAGUAAAGUCGACGAUGAUGAAUAUGGAGAGCUGAUGAAACCUCCUACUCCACCAGAAUUACCAGAUAUAGGUGACAUGUAUCCUAAUGAACCACAUGCACAAAAUGCAUAUGCGGAUGAAGAUAAUGACAGCGAACCAGACAUGGUUAUUGACGAUGAAAAAGUCCAGGAACAAGAGAAUAACAUUGAUGAUAAAAAAGAAGAAGCUGCUGUUACAUCUACUGUAGACUAUAGUAAUGACGUAGAGCCACCAUCUGGUUUCUUUGAAACAACCCACCAGGAUAACUAUUAUGCAGAGAUCCAGUCAGGGGCAGUGCAAUCAUCUAAUCUAUCAAAUCUAGACCAGAUCAAGAACUACCAAUAUGAUGACGAAGAGGAUUCCACAGACGGUUGUCCCAACAGCAACAUUUAUUCCAAGGAAACUUUGAAGUCUACAACCGAAAUGGAGGAGCAGGAUUCUGAUGAUGGUUGUCCCAAUUUUAGUAUUUAUUCCAAAGAAAGCAAAACCGUUGCACUCCACACUGAUAUAUCCAUAUCGCAAAAGAUGGCUGCUCCAAGUCAAGACCACCAAGUCAGAGAGAUAAGCUCUUCACCAAAUGUUGAGAGCACCUCCCAGCAGCAGGGAAAUACGACAAAUUAUGAUCUUCAGGUAACCUAUGAUCCAGAACAACUCUAUGAUCCAGAGAAAAUGUAUGACCCAGAAGAAAGUCAGGAAUGUGAAGGCGAGGAAAAACUGGACCAAACUGAUGAUCCGAAUGAAAGUUACGAUCCCGAACAAUGUUUUAGAACAGACGAGCCUUUGGAUGCAGACAAAAUGUCUAAUUCUGACCAAACUUAUGAUCCAGAAAAAGCAUUGGAGGAUGAUAAUAGCAUGACGAUGGAUAAAACUUUUGAUGCAGACAAAUCCUAUGAUCUAGAAAAAGAAAUUCAGGAUGAUAUUUCGUUGAAUACUACUCAGAAUGACGAACCUGAGAAUGAACUGUAUGACCCUGCAGUGCCAUAUGAUGAUGAUUUCAAUGAAGAUCAGGAUCUCUCGAAAUUGGAAGACAGUCAUACUAACACAGAAGAACAACAAAAGACAAAUAGCUGUGAUUUGAAUAACGUAAGUGGGGAUAAUUUGGAGGACGGAGAGCUUGUGAAGAUGGACGACGAAGAUGUUCCACGAAAUAAAGAUGUUUCAAAGUCCGUAGUAAAAGGUGGUGUUGUAGGAGGUCUAUAUAGCGAUUCUGAAGAUGAAGGUAUUGUUAAGAUAGACAACCCGGCCUUUGCUAUUUCAGACAUCAAUCACAUGACUGAAGAUAUCAGUGAAGAGGAAAGAAGUUACACUCCGUGCAUGGACGAGAAAUCUCAUAAACAAGGGUUGGAAGGUUUGGACACUGAACUUAUUUCCGACGAAGAUAGGAAUGAUUUCGAUGAAUCACAUGAACUGAAAGCUGGAUCUGAUCAGGGUGAUGCUCUCGAAAUCAACGCCAAAGAAUCAGAGUUGGACUUAACAAGGCCAGAAGAUUAUGAAGAAGGUGAAAUCGUUGAUAAAAAUAAAGAUCAAUCUGUUCUAGAUGAUGAUCCUGAAGUUGAACCUGGAACUCCUCAGAAAGAUGAUAGCAAAGAAUCCAAUCAUUCUAAGGAGAUCGACGAUAAAACCCCAACUAGAGAAAAGAACGAUGAUAAAGAAAAUGAUAGUAACAACAAAGAACCUUCCUUCAAAAGGCUAAGUAAAAGCACCAAAGAACGAAACUACAGAGAUAAGGACAAAGAUAAGAUGAAGAGUAAAGAGAAGCGACUGGGCUCAUCAAGAAAAUCUAGGGAUAGAGAUCAAAGAGACAAAAAAGAAAAGAGGAAGGAAAAACGUCGAGAAAUCGAGAGAUACAAUGUCAGAGCUCUCAUUGCUGAAAAGCCUCGCUCUAUCAUUGCCAAAGAUCAAUUUGGACGUGACAUUAGAGAUACGCCUUCUAGAUCAAGAAGCCGCUCAUACACCCCACCAAUUCAAAGAUCCGUGGAUAGGGAUGGUAGGUCACCCUCAAGAGAACGAUCAUUAUCAAGAAGACGAAGAUCACUUUCUAAAGAAAUAACAUCACGAAAGAGAAGGAGAUCACCAACAUCAAGGUCCAGAUCACCUGUAAAGAAAAGAUCAAGGUCAAAGAACAAGAAAAGAAAAAGAUCGCCAGGACGGUUCAAGAAGAGAAGAUCCAGAGAAAGAACUGAGAGAACCAAGUCUAAAAAACGAGUGAGGAGUCAAAGUAGAAACAGAUCUAGAAGUGGUAGUGCACUACGAAGGCAAAGGGAUUGGGAAAAGGAGUGGACUCUUAGUCCUCCUCCGAUGCAGUCUCGCAUAUCUCCAUCUUGGACUCCGCCUAGAGUUAUUGAUAACUCACAAGUGCUAAGAAACGAAAAUUUGACAGUGACUCUGAAUAACACCACUACUGGCAAGAAGAAGAAGGAAAAAAGGAAGAAGGGUGAAAAAAGGAAUAAAGAUGGUUUGGAAGGUAGACCAAAAAAGAGACGUAAUGAAAGAGAACGUACACCGCCUCCUUCUAAAGAAGUCUUCGCCUCUGGCGAUAAUAUACUCGUCAGCGUCAGUUUCAAUAAUGAAAAUGAAACUCGAGAUAUUACUACAAGGGAGAAACGUAAGAGUGACGAUGGUGGUAAAAAAAAGAAAGAAAAGAAGAAGAAAACCAACAAAAGGGAUCUCACCGGAAUCAAACCAGUUGCCAUCAUCGACUUGGAUAGGUCGCCUUUCAGAGAACUCACUCCUUCUCCUAAACAAGUAAUCAUCCUCAGUGAUAGUGAUAACGAAGAAAGUGCAAACUUGAGGAAUGUUCAACAAAGCAUAUGCGAUUCCUCUCAACAAGUGGCGAGCCCUGAGCAUGCCGUCAAUUACUCGACAGGUCCAAAGACGCCUCCGGAACCACAGGUCAAGUUCUCGUUGAAUGCCAAACCACCUCAAGUUCGUGCAAUAAGCAAUCCAUUACAUGAUCCAGACGAUCUAGAGCCUAACGAUCAAGUUGAGGAAGAAAUGUUGGACUCGAGACUUAGUCCAGCUCACAAAGGACCAAAUACUCCUCCUGAACCACCUAAUUCACCUCCAAGUUCUCCUGAUGCCUACGAUCCAUUUGAGCCUACAAAAUCUCGAUCUCCUACUCCUGAUCCUAUGCAAACAACGGAUUCAAACAUAGUGAUAGACGAACACAGAGAUUCCCUCGAUGGCCGACUAGCAAUAGAGUUGUUGGAAAAAUCCACAAAUCCCCAGCCCGAAGUUAGCUCCAAAUCCCUGACUCCACCACUGGCAGAUGUUCAACCAGCUGAUUCGCAAAGCAGUAGCAUUCAUGCAUCGCCUGAUUCCCAUAUAGAAAAGUCCCCUGAAAGACCUGGUGUUGUACAGAGCGUGCAGCCAUCGGUAUCUGUUUCGAAGCCGAUUGCUCAAACCACUCCAUUUUCUUCUGUUCCUACUUCUAUGAUAACUUCGACGCCGAUUUCUGCGACUUUACCAUCCAGGGUGAAUAUAUUGAACACCACUAUUAUUACACCAACAACAGUUGCAUCUUCUAUUCCUCAGAGGAUUGUUCUACCCAACCAAGUGAAAUCGAGUCCUGUCAAGAUAUCUCCAACAAAAGCUGCUAUCAAGUCGACUCCGAUAAAACCGAUGCCAAGUAAGUCUGUGAAAACGGCACGAAAGAGGGCUCAAAACGGAAGCAACGACGACCUUAUAUUGGAAUUGGACUCGCCGUAUUCUCCAGGCUCUAGUGACUAUGAAGACUUAUUUGAACCUCCCAGUGAAAUUGUCACUAAACCGGUCAUCAAGGGCAAACCGAAGAGCACUACCCCACAGAAGCAUGGUUCUUCUGCGUUUGAUGCUUUGUUUGGGUCACCCAGCUAUAAAACGAAGAACACUAAAGAUAAGAGCAAGUUCGGUAAGAAGAGUUAUACGCCUAGCAAGACCAAGACCGUAGGUGUGAGGGUGGAUGAGGAUAAUCUGAAGAUUCUGGAGGAUUUACCAAAUUCAGCAGUUGAGAUGCAGGUAAAGGAUAAGUUCCUCAAGAAGCUAAACAGACAGGAAAGGGUAGUGGAAGAAGUAAAACUGGUACUAAAGCCCCAUUACAAUAAAAAGAGAAUAAGCAAAGAAGAGUACAAGGACAUACUUCGAAGAAGUGUUCCCAAGAUAUGCCACAACAAAACUGGUGAAAUAAAUCCAACCAAGAUCAAGAACCUCAUUGAAGCAUAUGUUAGGAAAAUAAAGCAUAGUAAAAAAGUAACCUCGUCUAGUUCUGUCAAUCCUCAGAAAGUUUAGAACCCUUUGUAGUAAAUAUUUUCUUCAAAUUGUAUGUACAUAAUAUUAUUAAUUAUUUAUAAAUAAAAUUUGGUAAUUUUAUUUGAGUAAGCUUUAGAGAUUAUUUAUAUUUCACUUUUGUGAUUCAAUUAAAAUUAAUGGUAAAUGUACGAUUUAUAGUAAAUAUACAUAAGAUUGUAUAUUGAAUUCUUUUGUUUAAUCAAUCCUUCAAAAUGAAACAUCUUUCAAAAAUUAAUAGUAUUUAUUG